AGCCAGCGUACGUAGAUUUGCUCGCACCGCAAAGUUGGCAGCCACUCCACGGAGGCGGGGCAAACGGGAGGUAGGGGGAUCAGUGCGCGACCACUACCGGCAUCGACCAUGCCGGAGUCUGGCCGGGCGAUGAGGCGGAUCCGCAAGGAACUGGAGCUGCUCUGGACCGACCCGCCGGCGUUCUGCCGGCCCGGCCUGGCGCCCGUGACGGACCUGUUCCACUGGGAGGUGGUCAUCGACGGGCCGGACGGCAGCCCCUACGCCGGCGGCACGUUCCCCGUCGACGUCGCCUACCCCAAGGACUACCCCUUCGACCCCAUCAAGCUCACCUUCAGAACCAAGGUGUACCAUCCGAACAUCGGCCCGGAGGGGAAGGUGGCGCUGGACAUCUUCGGGAGCGAGUGGAGGCCUUCUCUGACGAUAAGCACGGCCCUCCUCUCCGGCGUCUCCGUCCUCCACGACCCCCUGCUCGACCGCCCCGUCCGCCGCGACGCCGCCCGGCUGUGCAAGCGCGAGCGGGGUCUCUUCGAGCACAAGGCCAGGGACUGGACCCGCAGGUACGCCUCGGCGCCGACCGCCUCCUUCUAUCCGUCGGGGACGGAGACGUUCGAGGAGGCGGCGGCCAGCGGGGCAGUGGCACGGCGUCGUUCCUGCGGGGCAGGGCAAUGGCGUUCGUUCGCGGCUCGUCUCCCAUGCAUCCAGCCAUGAACGCAUGCAUGCACGGAUGCACCACGUACGAUUGUCGCCCAGCAAGAGCACAGUAAAGUUCACCACAAGAAUCCUCCAUCCAUGGAGUAUUAUACUAUACGUACUAGCUAAUUGGUAAUUUCCGUGGUGCGUGUUGUCUUGAUUACUUGUUGAUCCAUGAUCCUUGUUGGCUUUGGACCUUUGGCGUGGAACUCCUUGUACUGCACCGAGGCGAUUGCAACUUCUGAAAAAAGUAUAUAUAGCCUGGUCUUUAGUUGUGUGA